CACCUUUCCACGGAACGUCACUCCGACUGGGUUGAUAUUUAAAUUAGCCAUGACUUGGUACAAUCAGACACGCCAGGUUGAGGAGCUACUGGCGAAAACAGAAUCGGAGCCGGCGUCAUUCACUAUACACCUACAUGCGGAGCAUUGGGUACUCAAUAAUGGAUCCAAGUUUCUUUACAACAAUUACGCCGCGUCUUUACUCGAUGAUAUUCGAGCUCACCAAUUGCCAGUAGAUUUUCUGGAUCUCUUCGAUGCCUCCCCCAACAUCCAUUUCUAUGAUGGGUGUUUGAUUGCAGAGCUCGUGGACUAUCGCCCUCAGAAGGCUAACGACCCGCCACUGGAAAAACCGCCACGAACGCGUACUGUUCUACACCCUACACCGGAGUCGUUAUGGGCAGAUGUCUGUAAGAUCGCAGCGGCGAAGAAGCAGCAGGAGGGCCUCGCUAUGACUGACAGGGACGCCUUAGAGAUAGAGUCCCGAAUUCUACUUGCCACUGCCCCACCUUUAUGUCUUGAUCCAGAUCCUCAUCUUACUCGUAUGGUGAAUCACAUCGUCCGAGUAUCCACUCCUACUGUACCCACCUCUCUGAAGCGCAAAGCAUCUGCUGUGGAUCAGGAAGAAGACGAAACAGACAAAGCACGCAGAGCCAAGAUCAUGCAAUUCAUGAAUUCCAGAGCUACUCGUGUUCCCAGCGCAAACUAUCGCAUAUUGGAUGCCAUUCAAAGGUCAAAACAGGCCAAAGAAUCCAAAGGCACCGACACUCCCCAACCCCAGCAGCCCCCCGUAACCGUCACCCCUUCGGCUACUCAGUCUCCGGCGCCCUCUGCUACUGAGACCCCAGCACCUCAGCACAACCCUCCUGCAGCGGAACAGGAGGAUCCUGCAAAGUCAAAACCAAAACCAAAGACAGAACCCCCUCCCUCCCAAAUAACUUUUGCCAAGCCUGCCGUUCCACACCCUCCGCCUGCCACUCAUCAGUUCCACGCCCAAAAUCAAACCACCAAAGCAUCCAAUACGCCAUCUCCCAGGACCCGAACACCUCAAUCCUUUCCUGCACAAGAAAGCGUGCCCAGAAUAUCUACACCUUCCAAACAACAACAGCCCUCACACAACCAGUCUCCCCGCGUGCAGCAGCAAGUGCCUCAGGCUAUACAGCCGGCUAAGGCGCAAACGCCGCAUCCCGUCACAUAUCAACCACCGAUACAAAACCAAACUCAGUUUAUCCACCAAAACCCUGCAGCCAAUACUCGCGUCACUCAAGCCAAAGCAGCAGCCGCGCACAAUCAAAACACAGUCUCCCUUGCUGCCGCUGCCGCUGCCGUACGCUCUGCAACGCCUGCACAACAGCAACAGCAACAGCAGCAUAAUAUGGCAGCAGCUCAUCUAACGCCACAGCAGCAGCAGCACAUACUACAACAACAUUUACUCCAGCAGCGUUUACUCCAGCAACAGCAACAGCAACAGAGUGGCCGUGCAUCCACGGCACCCACUACUCAGGGCAACGCGAUGCAUGGGACUCCUGUACCUGCUCGAGCCACCCCCAUGGGCACAAACCAGCGUAUUGCAUCUCGCUCACCCAUGCCGCCACAACCCCAAGUGCAGGCUCAACAGGCCACUCCACAGAUGGCUCAUCCCCAACAGCCUCAGAUAAACUUCCAACAGUAUAAUACCGCUGCUGCAGCCGGGUAUCGCGGUUUGGCUCACGCGAAUACAUCAUCACCCCGCCCCCAGCCUACGAACGUCUCCAGUCGCGCUCCUCAAUCAAAUACCGAUGCGAGCGCCCAGCAGCCGCAGCAAACCCAGAUUCAUUAUCCGCAGAUGUACGGAUACCCACAGAUGCAGAUGAGCUACCGCGGCAUGCCGAUGAAUGCUGCGUACUGGAUGAGGCCUGGAAUGGUGGUUAAUGGACAGAUACACGGGAUGCAACCGAAUCAGCAGCAGCAGCAACAACAGCAACAGCAAGCUCAACAAAUGAUGAUGCAGAUGAAGCCUCCAGCGAACCCAGGACGAUGAAGGCAGGAUGGCACUUGCUUUACUUUACAUAACUUAUGGAUCAUGGAUUGUAUCAGGUAUCAAUGUAUAAGUACUACAGAAUGAAAUCUAUUACGAUACGUUGCUCUGAGUUUCGAC